ACCUAGAAAUGAAAAUACAAGGAGAUGACAGGAUUAUAAAUUAUAGCAUCACUGGAACCCAUUUGUCUAUUUAUGAAUUUUAACAAUUCCGGUAUCUGAGUGGGUUUGUGAUUGAAAAUGCAAAGAGCUUAAAAAGUGAACUUGAACUGCGGCUGUGGCUUGGACUCGGCAUUCAAACACGACAAAUUGACCUCUGCUUGUAGAGAUGUCUUGAAGAUGCUGAAGAACAAACAAUUCACAGAAUGGGAGAAACUGUUUCAUGUACAAUAAUUUGGAACACCAAUUGCAUAUCAAGCUGAACUCCCAGCCUCCGGUACAGGCUGGGGAUGACGAGAAGAACCAGAGGACGAUCACUGUCAACCCUGCCCACAUGGGGAAGGCGUUCAAGGUUAUGAAUGAACUGCGGAGUAAGCAGCUGUUGUGUGACGUGAUGAUUGUGGCAGAAGAUGUCGAGAUAGAAGCCCACCGUGUGGUCCUGGCAGCCUGCAGCCCCUACUUCUGUGCGAUGUUCACAGGUGACAUGUCUGAGAGUAAAGCCAAGAAGAUUGAAAUCAAGGACGUGGAUGGACGGACGCUGAGUAAGCUGAUUGAUUAUAUCUAUACGGCUGAAAUUGAGGUGACCGAAGAGAACGUCCAGGUGCUGCUCCCAGCAGCCAGCUUGCUGCAGCUCAUGGAUGUUCGGCAGAACUGCUGUGAUUUCCUGCAGUCUCAGCUGCACCCUACCAAUUGCCUGGGCAUCCGCGCGUUCGCAGAUGUGCACACCUGCACCGACCUUCUGCAGCAGGCCAAUGCUUAUGCAGAGCAGCACUUUCCAGAGGUGAUGCUGGGGGAAGAAUUUCUUAGCCUAAGCCUGGACCAGGUGUGCAGCUUGAUAUCCAGUGACAAGCUGACGGUUUCAUCAGAAGAGAAGGUAUUCGAAGCUGUGAUUUCGUGGAUCAAUUAUGAAAAAGAAACCCGUUUAGAGCACAUGGCAAAGCUGAUGGAACAUGUCCGUCUCCCUCUUCUACCUAGGGACUACCUAGUCCAGACGGUUGAAGAAGAAGCUUUGAUAAAGAAUAACAACACCUGUAAGGACUUCCUCAUCGAAGCCAUGAAAUACCAUCUGCUCCCUCUGGAUCAGAGGCUCUUGAUUAAGAACCCAAGGACCAAGCCCAGGACGCCAGUCAGUCUGCCCAAGGUCAUGAUCGUGGUUGGUGGCCAGGCGCCCAAGGCCAUCCGCAGUGUGGAAUGCUAUGAUUUUGAGGAGGACCGAUGGGACCAGAUUGCUGAGCUUCCAUCUAGGAGAUGCAGGGCAGGUGUGGUGUUCAUGGCUGGCCAUGUGUAUGCCGUGGGUGGGUUUAACGGCUCCCUCCGUGUGCGGACAGUGGACGUCUAUGACGGUGUGAAGAACCAGUGGACAUCGAUCGCCAGCAUGCAGGAACGCCGCAGCACGCUGGGUGCAGCCGUGCUCAAUGACCUGCUCUAUGCCGUGGGGGGCUUUGAUGGCAGUACUGGCCUAGCAUCGGUGGAAGCCUACAGCUACAAGACCAACGAGUGGUUCUUCGUGGCACCAAUGAAUACGCGGCGGAGCAGUGUGGGUGUAGGUGUCGUGGAGGGGAAGCUGUAUGCUGUUGGGGGCUAUGAUGGAGCUUCCCGCCAAUGCCUGAGCACUGUGGAGCAGUACAACCCAGCAACCAACGAGUGGACCUACGUGGCUGACAUGAGUACCCGCCGCAGUGGUGCAGGGGUUGGGGUCCUCAGCGGACAGCUGUACGCCACCGGUGGGCAUGAUGGGCCCUUGGUGAGGAAGAGUGUUGAGGUUUACGAUCCAGGGACAAAUACCUGGAAGCAGGUGGCGGACAUGAACAUGUGCCGCCGCAAUGCAGGGGUCUGUGCAGUGAAUGGGCUCCUGUAUGUGGUUGGAGGGGAUGAUGGAUCCUGCAACUUGGCUUCGGUGGAGUAUUACAAUCCUGUCACCGACAAGUGGACGCUGCUGCCAACCAACAUGAGCACGGGGCGGAGCUAUGCAGGUGUUGCUGUGAUUCACAAGCCCUUGUGACUCCAACUCCCACUGCCAGGAGGUGGGGGACGGGAGGGGCGCUGCCUGGGACUCAGAACAGCGGGACCAUGACGGCUGGAUCCCACUCACCGGCAGAGUCUGCAGCGGAGCGAGAACAGCCUUCCUUGGACUUGGCAGAGUAGUGUCUGGAGCGAAGACUGGGCUCCCACCUCCUGCUCCCCUGAGGGAUUUGAGCUCUGGGCAGUGGGUUCCCGAUAGCUUCGGGUGGCACCUCUGGGCUUUUCUUGUGUUUCUACAGGGACUCUGUGGUGUGUGUUUGUGUGUGUGUGUGUGUGUGUGUGUGUGUAACAUGGGGUCUCCCUAAGUUGGGUGGGUGUGACAGUCUACUGGAUUUCUGUACUACUGAUCCUUCAGCUAUGCUAAAAAUCAAACCACAGAAACCUUUCUUCUGGAUUUGCCCCAUGGGCACCCUGAGACUACUAAAGCUGCUGUCUGUUGGAGGUCCAGUUGGACAGGGAUGUCCAGAAGUGACCGGCGAGAGGGACAGUACUCUGGCCACGCCCACAUACAGGCUUUGACCGCGGGCACUGUCUGCAGAAGAGCCGGACGUCCUCUGAGCUGCACUGUGUCUGCCGUGUGCUAUGACUAGGAACAGAUGGGUUCCGCGGCCCCUUAGCCUGCUGCUCGUCCUCCGUGGGCUCUCCUCCGGGAGGCACAUGAGAACUGCCCGUUCUUCGGACCACUGGUCUUUGAUGUCAUGGAUUCCAGGUUUUGGAGAUUUAUGUGUCUUCAGCUGAAAAACUAGAUCUUCAGAGAAGCCCUGAAUAACACACUGGGGGGAAAAUACAUGGAAAACAAAAAGAAGAACAAAAAAACCAGAGUGGAAGGCGGCUGGUUAGCUCAGUUGGUUAGAGCACGAGCUCUGAAUAACAGGGUUGCUGGUUCGAUUCCCACAUAGGCCAGUG